UGUAAUAAACUAUUUUUUCUCAACAUUAUAAUGAACUCAUUUCAUUUGGAUUUCGUUGUAUUUGGAUUUGGAUCCAAACGCGGCGUCACUCGUUUGCAGAUGAAGCAUUGUUUGGGUCAUGCUCUGUUUGGUUGCCGGGAAAGCUGACAAUCGAGACAAAGACGAGCCGACGGUAUUUGUAGUUCGUCGUCUGAUGGAUGAUUUUGUUAUUAGAUAGGGAAAACAGUAGCGAGGGGUGGAACCAAGGAGUUGGUGGAGGCACUGCAGCCCGAAAAAUGCGAGAAUAAUUAGAGAAAAGGACAAGCAGGAUCCAGACUUCGUACAUUGCUUCAUCAUCAAAACCUAGGGUUAGGGUUUUCCAGAUACUUCUCCUUUUCGAUAUUCUGCCGCUUCAAAUAUAUUUCCAUCCAAUGUGGCGGUAAAAGUAUUGUUCUGUUAAACAGUACUUUUUACAGACGAAUUUUUCGGGUCCGUUGAAGUCUCCACUUUUAGGGAUCAAAACCUAAUGCUUAUCUGCAAAUCAAUGGCAUUUUCUUCAGUCUCUCGAUUACUGCCAUACUCAAUUCGCCACAAAAACCCUAACUUCUCAACUGCGCUGUCACCUGCGGAGAAAUACUACACCCACCUGCAGAAAUAUGGGGAUAAUAUCGAGAAAACCCUACCUGCGGUGAGGGCUAAAUUAGACUCUUCAUGUGUCAAUGAGGUCUUAAAUAGAUGUUCCCUAACUCAGUCUCAACUGGGUCUUCGGUUUUUCAUAUGGGCUGGUGUCCAAUCAUAUUAUAGACACAGUUCAUAUUUGUAUAGCAAAGCUUGUGAACUAUUCAGAAUUAAUCAAAAUCCAAGAGCCAUUAUUGAUGUUAUAGAAGCUUAUAGAGUGGAGGGGACUGUGGUUAGUGUCAAGACAUUUAAUGUGGUUUUGCAUCUAUUGAGGGAAGCAAAGCUUGCUGAUGAGGCAUUAUGGAUAUUGAAGAAAAUGGCAGAAUUUAAUAUAAGGGCUGACACUGUUGCGUAUAACAGUGUUAUACGUCUGUUUUGUGAGAAAGGUGAUAUGGAUUUGGCUGCAGGAUUGAUGAAAGAGAUGGGUUUAAUUGAUCUUUAUCCUAAUAUGAUUACUUAUGUCACCAUGAUUAAAGGGUUCUGUAAUGUGGGUCGGUUGGAGGAUGCUUGUAAGUUGUUUAAGGUUAUGAAAGGACAUGGGUGCUCGCCCAAUGUGGUCGUGUACACUGUGAUUCUUGAUGGGGUUUGUAGAUUUGGGAGUUUGGAAAGAGCUUUGGAGUUGUUAGGGGAGAUGGAGAAAGAGAGUGGUGAUUGUAGUCCCAAUGUUGUUACAUAUACAUCUAUGAUUCAGAGUUGUUGUGAGAAGGGUAAGUUGAUGGAGGCAUUGGAGAUUUUGGAUCGAAUGAGAGCUUGUGGGUGUGCUCCAAAUCGGGUCACAGUUAGUAUUUUGAUGAAGGGGUUUUGUGCAGAGGGGCGUGUAGAGGAGGCUUUUAAAUUAAUUGAUAAAGUUGUUGCUGGAGGUAAUGUAUCAUACGGUGAGUGCUAUAGUUCUCUUAUUGUGUCAUUGGUAGGGAAUAAAAACCUUCAGGAGGCAGAGAAGCUCUUUAGGAGGAUGUUAGCAAAUGCUGUGAAGCCUGAUGGUUUGGCAUGUGGCACUUUGAUAAAGGCGCUUUGUUUGGAGGGACGGGUCUUGGAUGGGUUUCACUUAUUUGAUGAAUUUGAGAAUAUGGAAGGAUUGUCAUACCUUGAUUCUGAUAUUUAUUCCAUUCUUUUAGUUGGACUCUCUCAAAAAAGGCAUUCGGUAGAAGCUGUGAAACUAGCACGGUUAAUGGUUGAUAGAGGAAUUCAACUGAAGACUCCUUACUUUGACAGUAUAGUUGAACACCUGAAGGAAUCUGGAGACAAGGAGAUAGUAAUGUAUUUGUCUCGUAUUUUUUUUGAUAGGCAAUAAGGUGAUGUUAAAUAAAAGGUCAUUUCAUGGUUGUCUUGGAGUCAUUCAGGUAAAUAAAGGAAAAACCAUUUUUUUUUGUAUCAUUAUUGGGGAAAUUGAGUGGAUGUGAAAAUCUCAGUGUUUUAUGUUAAUCCUAUAUACAUGGUUUAUUUUGGUGGUUUGGUUUUGCGUGGUGGGUUCCAUUUUGUGGUGGUGAUGCGAUGUGUUGGGGGUAGUGCACACACUUCUGUACCCUGGCUCUGCUUUACAAUGUUCUUUGGAAUAAGAUUCAAGCAAACUUCUGGUGGUGUGAUAGGUUUGAUGAGAUGCAGCACAAAUGAUGCCUGAUGCUGCAUACAAUGUCUGCAGUCAAUCCACCAAGGAUGCUCCUGACCUCUUCCCAAUGGCAGGCAUGCCUGACUUGAUGUUGGCAAGAGAUUGUAUUCUCCCCUCAUUCUCUGGAAGUUGGGGCAAGAAAUGCAGGCAUUCCUGCUUUUUGUCAUUGAGCUUGGAGGAUUUUCUACAACUUCAUUUAGCUAUCCAGCAAUACUAUCAUCUCAAGGUGAAAGACUGGGACCAAUCUAUUUAUGAAAACCGCAGUUGCCUUAGUUCCAUGAGUUCUGGUGGCAUUCGAUGAUGGCUCUAUAGUUCUGGUGACUAGAGUAGGAUCAGGCAGGACCAAGUCUUGAAGAAUGAGGUCUGCAGGAAACAAGAUGUGGUCAGAUUUAAGCAUUGUUUGCAGGGGUGCAAGUUAUGGGCAUGCAGGUCUGACUCAAAGAUUUUGGAGGACGAAGUUGGGCGGGGAGGGAUGGCAGGGCUGAUCAACUGGGUGGACUCACUGUGGAUGUCAUAUCCACUGAGAAAUAUUGCCGAACUUCCCCAUAAGAUGUUUGACACAUUUCUGUUUUCUUGUUACCGUUUUGAUACCAUAUUAAAUGGCAAAUAAAUUUCACCAGAAGUUUAGAUGAGUAUUUUUUCCCAUUUUCUUGUUUUUGUUCUGUAAAUUAAGAUGUUCUGUCUCGAAAUAAAAUGAAGAAAAAUGUUCUCAUA